AUGAAGAAAACCAAGUUAUCUUUUUCAGGUGGGAAUCGAUGCUAUAGCUGCAUGUCACGGUAUUACGGUGUCACAUGGCAAUUCGCCGGCUAUUCAAGGAUAUAUGUGGAGCCGAGAGCGUUCACGGACGCAUGCCGGAGUCCAAUGACACGAGGUGCUGAUGUACCGUUCGCGUACUGUGGAGACGACUCGAAUUGUAUUACUAUGGUCGAGGAGUUGAAAAUCGGUGAGUUUCCAGGAAAUUUCGAGGAGAAAAUUGCAUCGAUUUUCCAUAAAUAA